AAUUACGAAAAAUCCUGCUGCUAAACCUCUCUCUCCUGUUAUGUUUGUGCGGCGGAACGAGGAAGAAGAAGAAGAAAGAAGAAGAUGAACAGCCCAGCUCGCCGUUCAGCUGAAGAAGAAGAAGAAGACGAACAUGGCGAGGUUUUCAUCGACGAGUCCGAUAUCAUCGACGAAGUUAACGUCGACGAAGAAGAUCUUCCUGAUGCCGAAGACGCGGCUUCUGAUGCUGAAUUUGCUGAGGAAGAUGACGAUUCGGUUCACAUAUUCACGGGCCACAAGGGUGAACUUUACGCAGUUUCUUGCAGCCCAACCGAUGCUGCAUUAGUGGCAACGGGGGGUGGUGAUGACAAAGGUUUUCUUUGGAGGAUUGGUCAAGGAGAUUGGGCUUUUGAGCUCCAAGGUCAUAAGGAUUCAGUGUCUAGUUUGGCAUUUAGCACCGACGGACAGUUGCUUGCAUCUGGAAGCUUUGACGGAAUUAUUAAAAUCUGGGACAUAGCUUUAGGAAAUCUCAAAUGCACACUUGAAGGUCCUUCUGGGGGUAUUGAGUGGGUCAGGUGGCAUCCUAGAGGGCAUCUUGUCUUGGCUGGUUCAGAGGAUUCUACCAUUUGGAUGUGGAAUGCUGAUAGAGCUUCAUAUCUUAAUAUGUUCUCAGGUCAUGGUAGUACCGUGACUUGUGGUGAUUUUACCCCUGAUGGUAAAACUAUAUGUACUGGUUCUGAUGAUGCAACUUUGAGGAUAUGGAAUCCAAGAAGUGGUGAAAACAUUCAUGUUGUACGAGGUCAUCCAUAUCAUACCGAAGGAUUGACAUGCUUGGCAAUAACCUCUGACUCAUCUCUUGCUCUUACUGGUUCAAAGGAUAGUACUGUUCACAUUGUGAAUAUAACAACUGGGAAGGUGGUUAGUUCUCUGGUUUCUCAUUCAGAUUCAAUUGAAUGCAUUGGGCUUGCACCGAGUUCUCCUUGGGCUGCAACUGGAGGUAUGGAUCAGAAACUUAUUAUCUGGGAUUUACAGCAUUCAUUGCCCCGAAGCACAUGUGAUCAUGAGGAUGGAGUGACUUGCUUAACAUGGCUUGGGGGAUCCAGGUUCCUAGCCACAGGCUGUGUGGACGGGAAAGUGAGAUUAUGGGAUAGUCUCUCUGGUGAUUGUGUGAGGACCUUUAGUGGGCACUCUGAUGCCAUUCAAUCUCUCUCUGCUUCUGCAAAUGGAGAUUCCCUUGUUUCAGUGUCUCUUGAUGCAACAGCCCGGGUUUUUGAGAUUGGAGAGUAUCGAUAAGCAAAGAGAGUGUCUGCUUGUUGCGAAGAUUAGCACAUACUCUUUACAUGAUCAAAGUGUGGUUUUUAUUUUUUAUUUUUUCUUUCAUACCAUAUUUUUUUCGGUAGUUGUAAUUGUGUCAUUACAUUAUUAUAUAUAUGGACGAGGGGUUAUAUCA